AUGAGACAUUUCUACGAGAUGUAUGUCACUGCCGGUGAAAACUGGCUCCAGAGCUCAGUGAUGGUCAACAUUCGGAAUUCCUCCAAAGGAAAGAAGAUCGGCAAGUAUGUGUGGAAAAAAUGGCAAGUACUGGCCGACGAGCAUGGGGAAGACAUCGCCAAUGGCAUCGCAGAGAAUAAGAAAAAGACCCCGCGGGAGUUCGAGCUGUUCAAGGUCUUCGACUCGAAAGAAGAGUUGAGGGAGGAUGAAGAGGAGUUCGACUUCAAUCUUGGCUUCGAGAUGCA